AGACUUGUCCCAAAAAUAAAGAAGGAAAAUCAACAAGUAUUUUCAAGUGAGAAGGCCGAACGUUGGUGCAGCUCUCGAGCCAGCUCCACUCGAGAAGAAAGAGAAAAAAAGGAAAAAAGAAAAAAGAGAAGAUGAUGAUAAACGAAGCAGAGGACGAAGAGAAAUGGCUGGCGGAAGGAAUCGCCGGAAUUCAACACAACGCCUUUUACAUGCAUCGAGCCUUGGACUCCAAUAAUCUCAGAGAAGCUCUCAAGUACUCAGCUCAGAUGCUGUCGGAGCUCCGGACCUCCAAACUCUCUCCUCACAAAUACUACGACCUCUAUAUGCGAGCUUUUGAUGAAUUGAGGAAAUUGGAGAUUUUCUUCAAAGACGAAGGCAAGCAUGGUGUAUCUGUGGUUGAUCUGUACGAGCUUGUUCAGCAUGCUGGCAAUAUCUUGCCUAGAUUGUAUCUCCUAUGUACGGUAGGAUCUGUCUAUAUUAAAUCUAAGGAGGCUCCUGCUAAGGAAGUUCUUAAAGACCUUGUAGAAAUGUGUCAUGCAGUUCAACAUCCACUACGUGGACUAUUUGUAAGGAGUUACCUUGCUCAAAUCAGUCGAGACAAGUUGCCGGAUAUUGGUUCUGAGUAUGAAGGAGAUGAUGGCACUGUGAUGGAUGCUGUGGAAUUUGUGCUGCAGAAUUUCACCGAGAUGAAUAAACUUUGGGUGCGAAUGCAGCAUCAGGGACCUGGUAGAGUUAGAGAGAAGCAGGAAAAAGAAAGGAACGAACUCCGAGAUCUUGUAGGGAAAAAUCUCCAUGUUCUCAGUCAGAUAGAAGGGGUAGAUCUUGAGAUGUACAAAGAAACAGUUCUGCCCAGAGUCUUAGAGCAGGUUGUCAAUUGCAAAGAUGAUCUUUCGCAAUAUUAUUUGAUGGAUUGCAUAAUUCAGGUGUUCCCUGAUGAGUAUCACUUGCAGACUCUUGAGACAUUAUUGGGUGCCUGCCCUCAGCUCCAGCCAACCGUUGACAUUAAGACAGUUUUGUCUCGACUAAUGGACAGACUGUCAAAUUAUGCUGCUUCGAGUGCAGAUGUAUUACCUGAAUUUCUACAAGUAGAAGCAUUUGGUAAAUUGAGCAAUGCAAUUGGGAAGGUCAUAGAAACGCAGGUUGACAUGCCUGCGGUCGGAGCUAUAACUUUGUAUGUCUCUCUUCUUACCUUUACUCUUCGUGUUCAUCCUGAUCGGCUUGAUUAUGUGGAUCUAGUACUGGGAGCCUGUGUUAAGAAGCUCUCUAACAUACCAAAACUUGACGAUAGCCGGGCAACGAAACAAGUGGUUGCACUUUUGAGUGCUCCAUUGGAGAAAUACAAUGAUAUAGUAACAGCCCUGACACUUUCUAAUUAUCCACGUGUAAUGGACCAUCUUGAUAAUGGAACAAAUAAAGUCAUGGCAAUGGUUAUCAUUCAAAGCAUUAUGAAAAACAACACUUGCAUUUCAACUGCUGACAAGGUUGAAGUGUUGUUCGAAUUGAUAAAAGGUCUCAUUAAGGAUAUGGAUGGUUCUGAUGUGGAUGAGCUUGAUGAGGAUGAUUUCAAGGAUGAACAAAAUUCUGUUGCUCGGCUCAUACACAUGCUUUACAACAAUGAACCAGAGGAAAUGUUGAAGAUUAUAUGUACCGUGAGGAAGCAUACAAUGGCUGGGGGACCAAAACGCCUGCCUUUUACAGUUCCUUCUCUUGUGUUUUCUGCACUUAGAUUGGUAAGGCAAUUGCAAGGUCAGGAGGGAGAUAUAGUGGGAGAAGAAGUGCCAGCUACACCAAAGAAAAUUUUUCAGCUCCUGACUCAGAUCAUUGAGGAUCUAUCAACUGUUCCAUCACCUGAACUUGCAUUAAGGUUGUCCCUCCAAUGUGCUGAGGCAGCUAAUGACGGCGACCUUGAGCAUGUUGCUUAUGAAUUUUUCACUCAAGCAUUUGUAUUAUAUGAAGAAGAAAUUGCGGACUCCAAAGCCCAAGUGACCGCAAUUCAUCUGAUAGUUGGGACUCUCCAGAGGAUGAAUGUAUUUGGUGUUGAGAACCGAGACACUUUGACGCACAAGGCCACAGGGUAUUCAGCUAGGCUAUUGAAGAAACCUGAUCAGUGCCGAGCUGUUUAUGCAUGUUCACAUCUUUUUUGGGUAGAUGAUCAAGAUGGUGUUAAGGAUGGGGAAAGGGUCCUGCUUUGCCUAAAGCGUGCAUUGAGGAUCGCAAAUGCUGCUCAGCAAAUGGCAAAUGUUGCACGAGGUAGCAGUGGGCCAGUCACACUCUUUGUUGAGAUAUUAAAUAAGUACCUCUACUUCUUCGAAAAAGGAAAUCAGCAAAUCACGGGUGCAGCAAUCCAAGGCCUGAUAGAACUAAUCAAUACCGAGAAGCAGAGUGAUUCUGCAACCCCAGAUAGUGCUUCAGAUGCUUUCCUUGCAAGCACGAUGCGUUACAUUCAGUUCCAGAGACAAAAAGGUGGUAUAAUGGGUGAGAAAUUUGAAUCCAUUAAAUUGUAAAUUAUGCCUUGCAGCCCGAGACGUGAGGGUAACCAGGUUGUCUAGUUUGAGUAAAACCAAAAAAAAAAAAAUGAUGGUUGGCGGGUGUGGUGACUUUAUGGUACCAUUCGUCUAACAUAGAAAAUGGCUUUUUUUUUAUUUAUUUUUAAUUCUCGAAUCGGAAUUCAUUUUUGAUCGUGACCUUUGUUAGUUUAAAUUGUCCUUUUUUUAGGACCCUGAUUGAAGUGGUAAAAAAGGGGGGGCGAAAGUUUUCAAA